GAUGCGCUUAAUCACUUUAAUUUGCGUUCUUCAAUUUGCUGCAUCAAGUUUCGAUUACAGAGGCAGGGCUUCGCUAGAAGACGUGAAAUCGUUCUUCGGCAACAGUCAUAAUAUAGUGAUGCUGCACCGAAGUUACAAUCGCAAUAUUUCGGGCGACCAACCAGUAUGUAUUUACUAUAAGAGUAGUUCUGUACAAGGCGAUAUUAUUCGAACUACUCAAUCUUUUGUCUAUGGAUCGUAUAUGGACGUCAUCAGCAUCCGUAUUAAAAUAUCAAAGGGGCAAUUUCUCGACGACGCGCCUGUCCUGGAGGCGACUGCAAAUAGGGGAGAUCUAAAGAAAAGGAUUUAUCAUUUCCAAUACUACGAUGACGGCGACAAGUGUGCAGUAAUAACCUUUAAUGACGGGCCAGGAACAACAAAAUGCGAGUUAUACGUGUGGCUAUCCCAUGUCCUGGCUUACAAUGAUUACGGUAAUUGCAAGACGGAGUAUGACUACAUGUGUGGAGAGCGAAAGCAGUACGAAGUGUACAAUGCUAGCUGCGUAUACAACAAUUAA